CGCAAGCACACACGAUCUCACAGAGGCACGAUGCAGGACUCCGAGCCCACAGUUUGCCAGCUGCAGCCCAAUAUCAUCUCGGUGCGCCUCUUCAAAAGGAAGGUUGGCGGUCUGGGCUUUCUGGUGAAGCAGAGAGUGUCCAAGCCACCCGUCAUUGUGUCAGACCUCAUUCGCGGCGGUGCAGCAGAAGAGUGCGGCCUGGUGCAGGUGGGUGACAUCGUGCUGGCUGUCAACAACAAGCCCCUGGUGGACCUUUCUUAUGAGCGGGCCCUGGAGACACUGAAGAACGUGUUGCCCGAGAGCCAUGCCGUCCUCAUCCUCCGCGGCCCCGAGGGCUUCACCACCCACUUGGAGACAACCCUGUCUAGAGACGGCCGCCAGCGCACGGUGAGAAUCACGCGCUCUGCCGUCCCACCCUCAAAAUCCUGCGAGCAUCGGUCUCCUCUGAGCCCUUACAGCCCCGGGCAGCACCAGCAGCUCAACAAGGAGCCCCAGCUCAGAGCUAUUGAGAACCUGUCUUCUCCAUCCAUCACCCACGCCCUCCUGCAGAGGGGGGGCAUGCAAGGCCAGGACCCGCUGCUAAUGAGGGAUGGGAGCUGUGGAGAUCUCCUGUGCAACGGACUGGAGGAGAACAACGAGCUGCUUAAGGAGAUUGAACCGGUGCUACGCCUCAUCAGAAACAGCAAAAAGGAGAUCAACGGUGAAGGCCAGAGGAAUGCUGGGAAAAGAGAUGCGGAGGUUCAAGUGGCAUGGGACCACAGUGUUGGAAAUGGCACGGCCCCACAGCUGACCCCAGAUAUCGAGAAACAACUGGAAAACAUGCCGCUGGUGCUCAACAAUUCUGACUGUGACAAGCCUGCGGCCGAGGAUGGCGCCGCACCUCUUAAGCCGAUGCAGAAUGGCAGCCCUUCCAAAUGCCCCCGUUUUAUAAAGAUCAAGAACUGGGAGACUGGAACCAUCUACAGCGACGUGCUCCACCACAGCUCCAGCAAGGUGCCAAUCUGCAGUGAAAAUGUGUGCAACGGCUCUGUGAUGGUGCCGACUCAGCAUACCCGCAAACCAGAUGAGGUCAGAACCAAAGAGGAGCUUCUUCCCCUGGCGACUGACUUCAUAGACCAGUACUACAGCUCGAUCAAAAGGUAUGCCUCUAAGGCUCACGUGGACAGGCUGGAAGAGGUGACGAAGGAGAUCGAAGCAUCAGGAACUUAUCAACUGAAAGACACAGAACUGAUUUAUGGAGCCAAGCACGCCUGGAGGAAUGCUGCCAGAUGUGUAGGGAGGAUCCAGUGGUCCAAACUACAGGUUUUUGAUGCCAGAGACUGCACAACAGCCCAUGGAAUGUACAACUACAUCUGCAACCACAUUAAAUAUGCCACUAACAAAGGCAACCUGAGGUCUGCUAUCACUAUAUUUCCUCAGAGGACAGACGGCAAACGCGACUUUCGAGUGUGGAACAGCCAGCUCAUUCGUUACGCAGGUUACAAGCUGCCUGAUGGAGAGAUCCGGGGAGACCCUGCCAAUGUUGAGUUUACAGAGAUCUGCGUACAGCUUGGGUGGAAGGCGCCGAAGGGUCGUUUUGAUGUGCUCCCCCUUUUGUUGCAAGCCAGUGGAAAUGACCCUGAGCUGUUCGAGAUCCCCGAAGAUCUCAUUCUGGAGGUGCCAAUCACACACCCGAAGUUUGAGUGGUUCAAAGGCCUGGAGCUGAAGUGGUACGGCCUCCCCGCGGUCUCCAACAUGCUGCUGGAGAUUGGCGGUCUGGAGUUCACCGGAUGCCCCUUCAGCGGCUGGUACAUGGGCACGGAGAUCGGCGUGAGGGACUUCUGUGACAGCUCACGCUACAACAUUCUGGAGGAGGUUGCCAACAAGAUGAACUUAGACACCAGGAAGACUUCUUCCCUUUGGAAAGACCAAGCGCUCGUGGAGAUCAACAUUGCCGUCCUCUACAGCUUCCAGACCUGUAAAGUGACCAUAGUUGACCAUCAUUCAGCCACAGAGUCCUUCAUGAAGCACAUGGAGAAUGAGUAUCGGGUGAGGGGAGGAUGUCCUGGGGACUGGGUGUGGAUUGUGCCUCCGAUGUCGGGAAGCAUCACACCUGUUUUUCACCAAGAAAUGCUCAACUACCGCCUCACCCCUUCCUUUGAGUACCAGCCUGAUCCUUGGAACACGCACGUGUGGAAAGGAGUCAAUGGGACACCCACGAAGAAGAGAGCCAUCGGAUUCAAGAAGCUUGCCAAGGCUGUGAAGUUUUCAGCGAAGCUCAUGGGCCAAGCCAUGGCCAAGAGGGUUAAAGCCACCAUACUGUUUGCGACGGAGACGGGCAAGUCUCAAGACUACGCCAAAACUCUCUGUGAAAUCUUCAAGCACGCCUUCGACGCCAAGGUCACGUCGAUGGACGAGUAUGACGUUGUGGACCUGGAGCACGAGACGCUGGUUCUAGUGGUGACCAGCACAUUCGGCAACGGUGACCCGCCUGAGAACGGAGAGAAAUUUGGAGCAGCCUUGAUGGAAAUGCGACACCCAACGUCCAACACAGAGGACAGAAAGAGUUACAAAGUCCGCUUCAACAGUGUGUCCUCUUACUCUGACACUCGAAAGUCUUCCAGUGACGAACCAGAGGCGAGGACUAACUUUGAAAGCACCGGACCGCUUGCGAAUGUCAGGUUCUCGGUGUUUGGCCUUGGUUCCAGGGCCUACCCACACUUCUGCGCCUUUGCCCACGCUGUGGACACGCUGUUUGAGGAGCUGGGGGGGGAGCGCAUCCUACGCAUGGGAGAGGGAGACGAGCUGUGCGGCCAGGAGGAGGCGUUCAGAACAUGGGCCAAGAAAGUUUUUAAGGCUGCCUGUGACGUGUUCUGCGUGGGAGACGACGUGAACAUCGAGAAGGCCAACCACUCCCUGAUCAGCAAUGACCGCAGCUGGAAGAAGAGCAAGUUCCGGCUGACGUACACCGCAGAGGCCCCGGCCCUCACGGAUGCCUUAUACAGCAUUCACAAGAAGAAGGUUUAUGGAGCAAAGAUGAUGGAGGCGCAAAACCUGCAAAGUCCCAAAUCCAAUCGCUCCACCAUAUUCGCACGGCUCGACACAAACAACCACGACAGACUGAGCUACAAGCCCGGCGACCAUCUGGGCAUCUUCCCUGGCAACCACGAGGACCUGGUGACAGCUCUCAUAGAUAAACUGGAGGACGCUCCACCUGUCAAUCAAAUUGUCAAAGUGGAGUUCCUGGAGGAAAGGAACACUGCUCUCGGUGUGAUCAGUAAUUGGACGAAUGAGACGCGUAUACCUCCCUGUACCAUCUACCAAGCUUUUCAGUACUUCCUGGACAUCACCACUCCUCCAACUCCUGUGCUACUUCAGCAGUUUGCUGCUCUGACAACCAACGACAAAGAGACGAAGAAGCUAGAAAUCCUCAGUAAGGGCUUGCAGGAGUACGAGGAGUGGAAGUGGUACAACAAUCCCACGCUGGUGGAAGUGCUGGAGGAGUUCCCCUCCAUUCAGAUGCCCUCCACUCUGCUGCUCACCCAUCUGCCCCUGCUGCAGCCUCGCUACUACUCCAUCAGCUCCUCUCCAGACCUGUAUCCAGGGGAGAUUCACCUCACGGUGGCUGUGGUCUCCUAUCGCGCCAGAGAUGGAGAGGGACCCAUCCACCACGGAGUGUGUUCGUCGUGGCUCAACAGGAUAGAGAAGGGGGAGAUGGUGCCCUGUUUUGUGCGAAGUGCACCGUCCUUCCAACUUCCCAAAGAUAGAAAAGCCCCUUGCAUCCUGGUGGGUCCUGGGACAGGCAUCGCCCCGUUCAGAAGCUUCUGGCAGCAGAGACUUCAUGACCUCGAACACAACGGGAUUAAGUCGUGCCCCAUGAUCCUGGUGUUUGGUUGCCGUCAGUCUGAGAUGGACCACAUCUACAAAGAAGAGACUCUUCAGGCGAAGAACAAAGACGUGUUCAAGGAGCUCUAUGCUGCUUAUUCCAGAGAACCCGGCAAACCAAAGAAAUACGUACAAGACAUCUUGCGGGAGCAUCUGUCAGAGACGGUGUACAAAUGCCUUAAGAAUGAAGGUGGACACAUCUACGUGUGUGGGGAUGUCACGAUGGCUGGAGAUGUCCUCAAGACCAUCCAGCAGAUUAUCAAGCAGCAGGGCAGCAUGAGCCUGGAGGAUGCCGGCUUCUACAUCAGCAAGCUCCGGGAUGAGCACCGCUACCACGAAGAUAUCUUUGGGGUCACUCUCCGCACCUAUGAGGUGACCAACCGGAUCCGUUCAGAGUCCAUCGCCUACAUUGAAGAGAACAAGAAGGACUCGGAUGAGGUUUUUUGCUCGUAGGUCGCUGAAUCGGGGGGGCUUUCUGCAGCAAACCAGUCCGAGGGACACGGCGACGCUGGUUAAAGAAUACUGUGCCAAUUUUUGUACUGUAAAACUUCUUCUUUUUUUUAUACCACUUUAAUGUUUCUGUUGGGCUCUGCAACUUCGUCUGUAGCAAGUUGGAAAUGUUUUGUUCUGAGAUUCUGUUUUGCUUGUUGAUGAUACUUCCAAAAGUUACGAAUUGAUUCUUAUGAUUCAUAAUGUGUGCACCUAGUGUUUAUGACCUGCAUCAUUGUGAAUGCAUGACAAAGAUAAUAUACUCAGAAAAUAUGAUAUACUCUGUGUUAUUGUUACAAUUAAAAGGCUUUUAUUGAGGUUAUAUAUUUGAAAGGAAAAGAGUGGCGUUGAUGGCGAGCUUACAUCUGUGUAAACUUUAUUUGUUGGUGAAAAUACGGGAACCAACAAAAUACAUCAGGGUUUUUUUUUUACUUUAAAUUUCUAAUUGAUGAAAAGUGCAGUCUUAGACACAAUAGGGAAGUGAAAUAUGUACAGGCAUGCAGAAAGGAAAACUGACGGAUGUUUCGCUAUCAGAUUUAGCGCGUCGACAGCUCACCCUGAAUUGUGGAAAACCACAAUUAUUUUGCCGCCUUAAUAAACAUAUUAUCCAGCUCCCCACAGGCAAUCCAUCAAACAGCAUCAGCCUCAGUGCCAGUGCUCUUUAGCAGCCUGUCCGUUCUGUCAUAACAUCAAAAUCCUGCGUUCCCCAGCUGGUGUUUGCCGAACGUGCUCCAGGGAAAGUGCUGCACAACCAAGUCUGGGUUUGCGUCAAACUCAGAUUAAUGAACAAAUUGGAAAAAUUAAU